AUUAUUUCAAUGCUCUUUAAUUCAAAUUCAAUUCAGGGAAGGUAAUAAGACUAAGAUGAAGUGUUUAUAGAGAUAUUAAAAAAGAAUGAGAUGUCAGAGGAAGAUAAAAAAAAAUUCUAGAGAUCUAUAAAAAGUUUAAUAUUAUUUCUGAAGUAACUCGAUUAUGAUCCAUUUAAAUCAGAGAUUGAAUUUUGCAUAUUUGGAUCUCAAUUAAAUGGAUUUGGUACUAAAGAAUCAGAUGUGGAUUUUACUUUUAUCACAAAUUCUUUUGUGGAUGAAAGAAUUGCUUUAAAAUAUAUAUAAUAAGAAAUCAACUCUGUCGAUUAGAGAAAGUUCAAAAUUAAAGAAUUUAUUGAGUUUGCCAGGAUUGCUGUAAUGAAGAUAGCAGAUGAAAGUAAUAAGAUUGAAAUUGAUAUGUGCUUUAAUAAUCUUUUGGGGGUAAUAAACACAAAAUUGUUAUAUGCUUAUGCGAAUUUACAUAAAAAAGUUUAAUAAGUAUCUUUAAUGUUAUAUUUUAGGGUGGAGUAUUAUUAAAAUUAUGGGGAAAGUAGCAAAAAAUAAUAAAUAAGAAUUGUUUUUCAUCUUAUGCUAUUCUAAUAAUGUGGCUUCAUUUUUUGUAAGAAAAAUAUCAGAUGCCAAAUCUUUAGAAUAAAUAAUAUAAACCACCUAAAUUAAAAAGUAUAUUAUCAAUCAAAAGAAACAUCGAAGGAAGAAGGAUCAGCAGCUUCGAUGUUGAUGUUUUUUUUGUAUUUAAUAUUAAAUUAAAUAAGGUUUAUAAUGGAGAAAAAUACAAUUAGUUGAAGGAUUAAUUUGAAAAAAGAAUGUCUCAGGUUUCUUUGAAGUAAUUAUUGAAAGAUUUUUUUAAAUACUAUUCAGAUUAAGGAGAAGGGUUUAAUUAGAAAUAUAAAAUUUCAAUCAAUGAGAAAUAGUUGAAAGAAGAAGGUGAAAAAUAUUCUAUGUGUGAUCCUUUCGAUUAGGAACAUGAUCCUAUAAAGAAAAUAAGAAAUAAUUUUAAGGAUUAAUCGGUGUUUAAUAAAGCUGCAAAAAGCAUUGAAGAAAAUGCAUAGAAUAUGUUUUGA